AUGGAGGAGCCAGACGCGAAUCGCCGGCGGAUCUGCAACAGCUGCGAUCGUCCAAAACCGAUGUGUCUCUGCCACGUCUUACCGGCGGAUCUAAUUCCGACGAGGACUGAGAUCGUCAUCCUUCAUCACCCACACGAGUCAAGGCACAAGCUCAACACCACGCCUCUCCUGGCCAAAUCCUUGCGCCACGUCACCAGAAUCUCCGGUCGCCGCCUCCGCCACCGUCACAUUUCCGCCGGAGAAACCUCUCCCUCGUCACCCACCAUCUACCUCUUCCCGUCUUCUCCUUCCUCCCCCGCAGUCACCGUUUCCGAAUUCAAAUCCCUGAACCUCCUUAACCAUCAAGGGAUCUCGAAUCCGCCGCUGAGGCUCAUCGUGUUCGACGCGACGUGGAAGCACGCGAAGGAGAUGGUGAGUGCCAGCGAGGAGGUUUUAAGAGAAGCAGGUGCGGUGAGAGUGUGUUUGGAUGCCGGAAUAGACGAAUCCGUGAGCGGAGGAAGUAUCUACGAUUCGGAGCUUGUGCUUAGGAUGGAGCCAUUCGGUGGAUGCGUGAGCACGGUGGAGGCAGUGGCACGGUGCUUGGGAGCCAUCGAGCCUGACGGCGAGGAAAUCGAGAGGAAGCUGAUUAGUGUUUUGAAAGAGAUGGUGAGAUUGCAGUCUGAGUAUCUGAAGCCCAUGAAACCGAGACCUAAGCUCUUGAAGAAGAAAUUUCAAAAUCAGCAACCAGUGGAAGAAGAAGAAGGAGAAUGA